ACAUGACCCUUCUGAUUAUUUUCCGAACAGGGGGGAAGUGUCAAGAAUAUGACAAAACUGACAAUGCACCGAAUAUAAAAAGCUUGACGUGUUCUAUAAAAGUAUCUUUGUUUUGGAUUGAAUCCAAUUUUGCUGUCCUAUAUGAGGUUACAUAACACUUGAUCUUCUUUCCCUCCUGAUAAACUGUCUCAAGAGUAUGUUACUUUAACUCUAAAGUGUUAUCCUGUUAUACUUUGACUUCAAGGUCCAAGAACUUAGCCACUUAGCCAUCAUUUCCUUUCCACCCUGCAACCGGACUAACUUGUCAUACUUUGUGUGUUCACACCGUAGGUGCUUUACUGCACUUGCCCUCAGAAUGUAUCACUCACUGAUCACUGUUCAUGUCCUUUCACUGACUGCAGUCCGUUCAUGUAAACAGUCUUUUGGAACAGAUAUAGCCACGCUGGACUAAAUGUGACCAUGCUAGCUAAUCCUCUUUGCUUCGGUGAUCCCAAAGAGUCUGGAGUCCUCUGGGCUUCAGAGGCACAGCAGUGUUUUCUGCCUGAUGAGUGGAAGACCAUGCAACACUAUGGCUAGCAAUUCAAUCGCUUGCUGCUCUAUUUUGAUGUUCCUAUGGUGCCUCUGAAGAUCACCGGGCUCUGCAGUGUUCACUGAGAUGAUUACUUUGUUCUAAGCAGCUCAGACUGCAGCAGGACAGUCAUGAGUGCCGACACAGCCAACAGGGUGGAUCUAGACCCCGAUUACCAUUCUGAACUGGCGGACAUGGUAGCAGCUAUGAACAUGGCUGCCAGCAGACUGACCCCUCCUAAUGGAUACAGGACCACCCCACAUCGCCUCAAUCUCUCCGAUCGCAAGCUGUCACUGCAGGAGCGAUCCAGUUACCAGAGUGGCGUCACCCCACGAAUAGCCAGAAGACCCACUAUUGAAUCGAAGCGGGUGUCUAUCUCUGAUGGGGAUGACUGUGUCCAGCUAAACCAGUACAAGUUGAAGAGUAAGAUAGGAAAGGGUUCAUAUGGGGUGGUCAAAUUAGCAUAUAAUGAAGAUGAUGACCAGUAUUAUGCUAUGAAGUUGGUAUCCAAAAAGAAGUUAAUGAAGCAGUGUGGAUUCCCACGGCGACCUCCUUCCAGAGAAUCCAAUGGAUCACAAGAGAAUCUUUUAAAGCACUCUGGCCUGUUGGACCGAGUUUAUCAGGAAAUCGCUAUUUUGAAGAAACUUGACCAUCUUAAUGUUGUUAAUUUAGCUGAGGUUCUUGAUGAUCCGGCUGAGGAUAACUUGCACAUGGUCUUUGAGUUGGUACCUAAAGGUCCAGUGAUGGAGAUCCCUACAGACAGUCCUCUAUCAGAAGAAAUGGCCCGUUUCUACUUCAGAGAUGUCAUCCUAGGAAUUGAAUACUUGCACUAUCAGAAAAUCAUACACAGAGACAUCAAACCCUCCAAUCUGCUGCUGGGGGAUGAUGGACACAUCAAGAUCGCAGAUUUUGGUGUCAGUAAUGAGUUUGAGGGGAAUGAUGCUCUCCUAUCAAACAGUGCAGGAACACCAGCUUUCAUGGCGCCUGAAACUCUGACUGACCAGGACCUGAGAUUCAGCGGAAAGGCUCUGGACAUAUGGGCAUUGGGAGUGACGCUGUUUUGUUUCAUCUUUGGAAAGUGUCCUUUUCAUGAUGAAUACAUCUUAGGCCUGCAUGAAAAGAUCAGGACUGCGCCAGUGGAGUUCCCAGACAUGCCUGUGAUCAGUGAUGGGCUGAAGGAUAUAAUUAUCAGAAUGCUGGACAAAGUUCCUGAAACUAGAAUCAUGUUACCAGAAAUCAAGCUGCACCCAUGGGUCACUCUUGAUGGCACGGAUCUUCUGCCUCUGGAGGAGGAGCACUGCACCGUGGUGGAGGUCACGGAGGAGGAGGUGCAGAACUCUGUCAAACUAGUUCCCAGCCUUUCUGCUGUGAUCCUGGUUAAGUCCAUGCUGCGGAAGCGCUCCUUCAGUAACCCGUUCGAGUGUCCCAGCCGCAGGCAGGGCAGGUCCAUGUCCGCCCCUGGAGGUCUGACUGUGGAUAUGUCGCUGUUUCGCCCUCUAAGCAGAGGGAGUAACAGUAAUGGAAGCAGAGAGGGGGAGCUAGAAAACCUUAUCGAGGAUGAAAGUUUUCCUUAAAUUUGAAAAUAUCAUUUUUCAGAUUGGCCCAGUUGUGGGAUUAGACAUUUUUUUCCCCAUCUGCACUAGAGUAUUUUGAGCAUUACCAUGAUGCGUUACAUUUUAAAUUCUGUAUACUGUACACACUGCAUGAUGAAAGGUUAGAUUUGGAGGUAACUUUCACAUAUAAUGCAGAAUCUGGUAAUACUUUAUAUUAGAGUAAUAUUUGUGUUCCAUUGCAUUUACGUGCCAAAUUUCAAGUAAAAUUGAAAGAAAUUUAGAUUUAAAUGCAUGUAUAAAAAGAGUGAUACAGUGCAUUCGACAGAUAAGCAUGUCAUCAUUUUGAUGAGAUGUAUUAAAAGUCUAUGUGUUAUCAAAGGUCUGUAUGCUGUUUCAUCGUCCUUUUGAGGUUUUGAUAUUGUAUUGUGCAUUUAAUCUGUGGACACACACACAUAUAUAAAAU